AUGUGGUUUGAGAACUACAGUGUUUUAGGAGAAGCAUCAUGGAAAAUAAACUUCCUUCAUCUGCAUUGGUUUUCCUUAAGGUGCAAGAUGUACAGAUCAAGAAAACUCUUAUAUCCAGUGAGGAGCCUCUGAAGGAAAUUGACAGUCUAAGGGAAAUACUAGAACAGUAUCCUCUUCAUUUUUCUUUCAAUGAUGGCAAAGUUCUGAAGCUCUGUCCUGUGAGGAGUGAACAGACCUGGGCACUGAACAUAAAACGGGGCAUUCUCAGUGUCCUGCAGACGUCACAAACGCCCACUGCUAGUGCAGUCAUUGAUGAGGUGGACGUUCUGGGAAUAUGCCCAACCAGGUACCAGCGAAAAGGUCCUGUUCUUCUGAAGACCAAGGACUUAAACCUCUGCUCUCACCGGUAUUCUGGUUUUACUUCUGUGCAGUCUGUUGUUCUUCCACAUGUGUCGUCUGAGCAGCAGGCGGUGUCCUCCAAACUGGAAUGCGUUCAGAGUGUUAAGAACGGAAUCCUGGAGGAAGCCAGAUGUGUGGAAUCCAACCUCGUUACAUUGUUCUCUCAGAAGGACAGUGGGGCACAGAUGCAGACAAAGUCUUCCCUCAAACUCUUUCAGGUGGAAACAGAGGCAGUGUAUGAAAAAGUGGACUCUGAAGAUCUUUAUGUGACCAGCAUGCUCUAUGAAAAGGAAGAAGUUGAGAGGGAAGUGACUGGAGGGGAAGUGACUGAAUUGGUGUGGAAGCUUUGCUUGGCACAUGGUGCGAGUUUUGAGGCUGCUGACCUUUUCCUGACUCUCAUUUUUGAGCUUCGACAUCUUUCCCUGGAGGCCUUAAAAGCACUGUGGCAAAGAUCUUCAUUUAAAUGCAGAGACAACUGGCAGCCGCUAAUAGAUGCUCUCCCCUCUUGUGCUACAGAGGCAUGUAUUGUCCUAAUGAAAGAAAUUAUAGCUUCUGGAGAAGUAGAGGAAGACAAAGUGGAAUAUUUCUUCUGGUCACUUUCAUUUAUUCCUAAACCUACUUUAGGCAUGAUUGAAUCUCUUGCUCCUUUGCUGAAGUCACCAGGAGCAAGUCAGAGCUGCUUUUUGGGAGUAACUGCCCUAUUACAUAGGUUUUGUUCAGCUUACAACUCUUGUGAUGGUGCACCUGCUGUGCAGAGUGUGAUGAGGACUCUGGGGAAGUUUUUGAGAGGAAACUGUGCUGUGCAAGAUUCAGAAGAACACCGCAAGAUGGAGCUGGUGUUAAAAGCCAUUGGAAAUGCAGGACUGGCAGCACCUUCACUAGCUCCUGUUUUGAGCUUGUGUGCUUCCCUGAAGAGUAAUCCAAUUGGAAUUCGUUUAGCUGCUAUCCAGGCCUUCAGGCGCAUUCCCUGUUAUAUCAGGGAGAAAAACAUAUUAAUUCAACUGUAUGAAGCAGCCAAUGAAGAUGUGGAAAUAAGGGUUGCAGCUUAUUACAUAGCAAUGAAAUGUCCCCAUGAAGAGUUAUUUAAACAAGUACAAAGGACUUUGCUGCAUGAAACAUCCAGUCAAGUGGGCUCCUUUGUUUGGAGUCAUCUCUCUCAGCUCCUGGAGACAGAUGAUCCAUUGAAGGAGCACCUUCGAGAUUCUAUUCCUGAUGAAAUCCUUAGUAGAGAUUUUGACCGGGAGACAUGGAAAUACUCUUCAUAUUCUGAUGUCACAUUCCACUCAGCUGGUGCAGGUGCAAAUGUGGAAGCGUCAGUGGUCUUUUCUUCUGCAUCUUUUCUACCACGAUCAGUCAUGACAAAUUUGACUGUUCAUCUUAUGGGGCAGGCUAUAAAUCUACUGGAGAUUGGUGUAAGAUUAGAGAAUGCUGAAGCUCUUGUGGAGAAGGUUUUCUGGCAGAACUCUGCUACUUUCAGUGACUUUUUUUACGCAAACACCGAUGAAAGAAACAAGUCAGAAAACCCCGUGGAAACAGCAGGAAAGGUCACACAGAGGAGGCUGACUUCAAAGCGAUACAACAGUGCUGAUCGUCUUGUGACCAAGUCUGGAAAGCCGAAGUUGAGACAUGCUAACCAGAAUUGUGCUGGUAGAAAGUACAGUAAGAUGAGCGAGUUAGUCGAAAAGUUCACGGAGAGAAUGGUGAGAAAGGAGGUGAUGAAAUGUGAGCUAAGCAUGAAAAUCUUUGGAAAUGAACUUAGCUUCUUGGAUUGUGAAGAUUUAAGAAAACAAAUGAAAUAUUAUUCUUUAAAUCUGGCUGAGUUGGCUGUCAGACUUCUGAAGGGGCAAGAGAUCCAGUUUAAUAAAAGGCUGAGUUUGGCCACUGAAGAAUUGCAGUUUCCAGCAAUUUCAGGAUUUCCAGUUCAGCUGGCAGUCAAUGCCUCAGCAGCAAUCAACAUAAAAAUCAAAGGGAGUGCAGAUUUCAAACAACAGUCAAAUUUCUUUCUAAAUGGAUAUAUUAAGCCAAGUGCUUUCAUCCAACUUUCUGUCCAAAUGGGAACUGUGGGGACUCUGGGACAAGCUGGCCUAAGCUGGUUAACAGGAAUAAGGACAUCCAGUAGUCUUGAUGGAGGAAUCCAAGUCAAAAAUGGGCAAGACCUCAAAGUUUUCUUGAACACUCCAGAAGAAUCCAUGGAGAUAAUUAAUUUCAGUUCUAAACUCUACUUCACAGUAGUGGAUGAAACAGAGGAGAUAGAUGUUUUCCAAGAUCACUCAGAAACCAGAUCUUGCACUGGGAAAGAAGUGUCUGAAUUUAUUGGCUGGCAGCUGUGUUCUGAGAUGUCAUAUCCUGACCCUGCCAGCAGUUUGGUUUUCCCUCUUGCUGGACCUUUGAAAGUGGCUGUCCUGUUAACUAAACAAGACAAAGGCCUUCAGCAGUACCUUGUAGAAGCUACAUAUAACUAUAUUCCUCAGGAGAAUUCAUGGAUCCCAAAUGAAGCUGUCCUUCACUUCUUCAUUGGGACUCCAAAGUCAGAUUUGAAAAGGGAUGUUGGUGUUGACCUAUAUUUUAGUAUCCCACAGAAGAAAUUCAGAGUCAAAUUUAUACAACCUAAGAAAAAAAUCGAGAUUGAUGGGAAAAUGGAGUUUUCUAAAAAUGUACAACUUGGACACCUAGAGCUGAUAGUAGAUGAUGAAGAUGUGUACUACAUUAAGGGAAUGACAGAUUUGCAGAUGCUGAGUGAAGAGCAGAGAUAUGUGACCCAACUGGAGGUAAAACUGAUAAAGCAGAGCAGUCCUAUCAUUCUAUCAGGAAACAUCACUAAACAACUUGGCAAGAAGAUAGCUUUUUCAGUAUCCCUGAGUAAUUUAUUGAAGGAUGCGGCAUAUCUUUCAGUGUUUCUGGAGAAAAAGGCUGACGACAGGCUGAGACAAUACUCACUGGAAGGCGAGACUUACCUUCCAGGUGUUCUUGGACUUCAUGUCAUUAGUCUUCUCCAGCAGCGUGAGGGCUUGUGGUCUCAUGGAUCAACAAUAAAAUAUGGACUCCUAGGUACAGUGAAAAAAAGGGAAAGUAAAAGCAUUCUGUCUCCUUUCUCUGAAAGUUAUUUGCCUGUUUUAGGACACUUAACAAAAAAAAGAUUUCUGUUUAUUUUUAAACUGAUUUUCAUUGGAGAGGCAAAAACCCUUCAUCAUGAAUGCAGUAUGCUACAAAAGAUGAAAAAGGAGACAGAUGCACAAGGUGUUUACAAACUCGAUAUUGGCCAUGCAUUUCACUGUAUGCAGACUCCAGCCUAUAAUCACAAGGUUCACCUGAAACAUGAAGAAAGCAUGUCUUGGCUUUCCUCUAAGAUGGAAGUGAACUAUGGGAAACACUGGAAUGAAAUAAAUAACAAGAGGAAGCUGUUGAUCAGUCAAGCAUUUAAGAACAGUUCUAGUUCAUCUCUAGUCAACUAUUUCUUGGAGUUUACCGUGCAAGUCCUGGAAAAGCAGGUGAAUUACAGGACUCAGCUGCAGCACUCACACCACUCUCAAGGUUAUUUGCAGAGCAGCACCAAAUUUGAGGUGCAGUAUAAUGACCGUGUCCCAUUUGUGGCUGGGCUGCAGUGGAAAGAUGCAUCCAGAAAUGGCCUGAAGAACUGGGAAGGUGGAUUAAAUGUAGACACUCCAUGGCUAUAUCUGUAUGCAGCUCACAAACUACAGCAGCCUCAGCAUUCUGCUUAUUUACUGACUACAGAGCUAACAACUGGAAAAGUUCUCUCCAUUAAGAAUCUUGUAGUGGAACUGUUCUAUAGAGAUCAAGGCAAUGAGAAGGAAGGGAAAAUUCACAUUUACACACCAUCUACUAAGUACUUGCAGGCAUCCACAUUUAAUCAUCUUGGGAGGGGUGUUCUGCAUAGCUAUAGUGAGAUGAUAUCCCUGUGGAAUCAGCUUAUGAAGAGUGAGAUUCAUCUGGAGAAUAAUGAACAGGACAAAUUUCUCUACUUCAAAAUAAAGAGCUCAAAACAGGAAUUUAACUUCACAGCCAGCUAUCAGAAUCUGUCAGUGCCUAGGAAGACAAACUUUUCUGUGAAGAGUGUAUGGAGAGAUUAUAAAAAUCUGCCUGUCAUGCUGCAACUUGAAGGUCAGAUAGAAGAGUUGAAGAAGGAGAAGAUGCUUUACCAAAAACAUGGAACCCUCUAUUUUAGGCAUCCUUUUAAAGUGCCCACUCUGCAGAGUCUCCUUCUGCAGGAGACAUUUACUAUUGACAAAAAGCAAAAAUACUAUUUCUUGGAAACAAAAGUUUUGGUAAAUGGGAGGGAUGAAACAGUUCAAACUCUGACACUUGGUUACCAACCUGAAAACCCCUAUAUUUGUGCUGGCUUAACUCAUCCUUAUAACUACGGAUAUUUUCCCAAAGAUGUUGAAAUAUGCAUUUUAACUCAAAAUCACCAAAAUGUGAAGCAUCAGCUUGAGAUUACCUUGACAAUCAGUAAGGAGGAUGUUCUUAGGUUUUUAGGGAGGUACCAGGACAAAUCCAGUGAGGCAGAUUUUCAACAUCUUUUACACAUGGAUGUGACACAUUCGUUCCAGCUUGAUCUGCCACAAGCAAUGGGCCUAAGUGGGGAGCUGAUUUCCAAGCAGAAUAAACUGGAACACUUUGACUAUGGAGUAAGUGUAAAAACCGUCAUCAACAGGAAUCUAUCUUCACAGGCCCAGGCAACUCUAAAGAGUUAUGGUGAGAGCAACUUCAAUGGCUCUCUUUACGUUCAUUCCAGUGGAAGGGAGAUGCUGCUGCUGGAGAUUGAUAUGAAUAGUGAAAACAGGAAGAAGGCCAGAGCUGUUGACUUGAGGGCUUUCAUCCAUCAGACAAUUCUGACAAACCCAGAAUCAAUACAGUUCCAGCUCAUGGGCAAAAUAUUUCCAUCAAGACUUUUGAUAUCUUCUGAGAUGAAGCUUGAUGAAAAUAGGCUUCAUGUGGAUUUCAUGGGAGCCAGGGAGCAGAAAGUUGGUUUUCUUUUGUCCCUAAAUGGGAGAGUACAGCACACAUUUGAUGGAUUAAAAGCUAUACCUCAUCUUCUUUCUCUGAAUGGAUUACUGAAGUGCAAAGCCAACAGUCAUGAUGGUAACAUCAUUGUGAUGGUCAACAAAACACUGUAUGGACUCCAUCUGAGGAACAGAAAUGUGUUUGGGAAUACCACCAUACACAAUAUCACUUUUGCUAUGUUUCAGAAUGGCAGUCAAGCAAUGCCAAUGGAGGCCAAACUCAAAGGACACCUUGAGCUGAGUAAAGAGAUAAAAAGACUACUAGCUAGCUUCCAGGUGGAUGAAAAAGACCUUUCUCUAGGUUUUUCCAAUAUCAUGAGUCCUGGGCACAGCAGUGUCAGUGGGACUUUCACACAUAAUGUCAGCUUUUUACAAAAUGCAGGAUUACCCUUGGAUGGCUUUCUUAGUGGCGUAUAUGACCGCAGCAUAAGAAAUCACACCAUUACAAUAGCUGUACGGAGUGGCAGUGAAAGGAUUACUGCUGUGUUUGGAAGUCACAGACUUUCCACAGAGCCUCCUAAAUCCCAGCUGUCUGUGAGUUUAAAGCACAACAUCUCAAAGAUAAAGAAACAUGGUAUUCCUUUUAUUGUGGAAGCUGCUGGCUAUUAUGAGAAUUUCACCCAAAAAAUUGCUGCAGGGAUUACAACCACAGUAGAGAUGGAACAGCUCAAAUGUGAAAUAGAGAAGAAAACCACUGGCAGUGCUACAGAAAUUUCUCUUUCACUUCACCAUGACGUGGGAGGACUGUUUGACACUGUUCCACAUGUAUUAGAGGUUGCUUGCAGCAGAGAAACAGCUAAUAAACAACUUUCUGGCCUUUGUGAUGGGGUAAUUACAUUUAAUCAUUUUAAGACUCCGGCAAGAGUUUCACUGAAUGGGUCAAUGUUUAUCAGCAACUUUACUGGCAUCUUCUUUGGAUGUGUUUCUUUUGGUGACACGUUUGCCUUCCUGCAAGUCCAUGCCACCACUAACAUCCAGCCGCAUUUAGAAAUUGAUUUCCAGCAUUCUUUGCCUUUGCUUCAGUCUCUGGGAAUUGCCAGAGACAUCCAAGUGAAGGUGUCAGCCAUGAGAAGUGACAAGUACGAGGGCAUGCUUGCUGUUGGCCUUGGGCUUUGCAGUUUGAAAGUUGAUGGAGAAGUGAGACGAGCAAGUAAUGGAACAGAUACAAAAUGGGUACUUACUUUUACAAACAAGUGUGACACUCUGGAGAAGAUGGGACUGCCUCAUUCUGUAGCCUUUGGGGGCUCAUUUCAACAGAACAUCUGCGACACUGGCUUGUUAAUAAAUCUCCAAUGUGAUGGCAGAACAGUUGAUGUGCAGAUAAAUACUUCCUGCAAACACGAAUAUACACUCCAAGGGAUGCUCAGGCAUUCGGUUCACUGGCUGAGCCAGCUUGGGCUACCUUUUGAAAACUCACUCCUGUUAUCUGCAGCCACAGACUCCACCACUGAGGGUAUUUUAUUACUGCAGGCUGGCAAAUGCAAACUUAGGGCCAGAGGAGAUUUAUAUAUUCAGAAGAAAGCUGAAUGGACGCUGGAAGCAGAAACAGAAUGUCAGCUUCUGCAGGAUCUCAGUAUGCCAACUCAGUCACGGCUCACAGGAUCUAUUCAGAAAGACAAGUGCCAAGCAGAACUUAUCUGUCUCCUUGAAACAGAAGGCAAGACUGCCCAUCUUGAAGUGAGAGCAGAGUGCAAGCCAAAAAUUACACUGGAAUUUCUAUUCAGGCAUGACCUCCCUCAACUGAAGAAAAUCCCCAGGGAAAACAAAUUGUCUGUCACUGCAGAAAAACAAUUAAAGUACCAUAUUGGAAUAGAAGUGAAAUUGGAUGCUUGUGACCUUCAGAUGAAGGGGGACUUCCACCCUGAAAAUAAGCUUCAGUGGAAAAUGUUUAUGGAAAACAACUGCCAGACAAUUCAGGAUUUUGGAGCACCACUAAAAGUUGAUGGUUCAGGGUAUAUUUCGAUGGAUAAAGUGAGCCUAGAUUCACAGAUGUUGAUCACUAUUGAUGAAAGUAAAUUCCAAGGACUCUUUAUACUAAAAGUCACUGAGGAGAGACAAGAGCUGGAUGUGGUGCUCACCCAUAACAUUCAAGGAUUUGCAGACAUCGGCAUUCCUUUGAGAACGUUAGUCGAUGUGGUAUCAGAAAACAACAGCCACUUCUAUAAAAGACUGAUUCACCUCUGUGUGAACAGCAAGCAAAUUACAGAAGAACUCGGCUUCGUCUGGAAUAUGGAUGUUGUGUCUCUUAACUACAAACUUAUUCAUAACAUAGAGGCACUGAAGACUUGGCAAAUCAAAGAUAGGAUUGAGUUGCAGACCGUCUUGAACCUGAAAGCCAUCAAGAGCUUUAGUAUGAAAGUACAUUAUGGUGCUCACCUAACAGUUGUUGAAGGACAAAUCCAGGAGUUUGAAGCAAGUACCAACGUAACUGGGAAUUUUCAUCAUAAUUGGCCAUGGCUGCUGCAGGCCAGAGUCCCAUCCUCUUUACAAGUAGAUGUGGUUUUUCAAGGAAGAAAUACCACUCAAGAAAAAUAUGUGCACAUUGCAGCUGGAGAAGCAUCAAUAACAUACAUAAUAAACUCCUAUUUUGUUGGUCACCGAGUGGAUAUCUUUUGCCAGAGUGUACAUAGCAGUGAGGCAUUACAGGCAUCUGGCUACCCCAAGGCAAUCAACUUGGUGCUCAGUUUACAGAAAUCAGAUAAUAAAAUCAAGACUAUGUGUGAAAUCCACUAUGACAACAAAGAUAUAAUUGUGACUAUGGAUGUUGACACAAGCUUUCAGCUAUAUGGUAUGUUUGUCAUGGCAGAGGUGAAGCAUUCAGUAUUAUUUCUCCAUCACCUGGGACUUCCCUUUAUUCUUAAGAUAACAAUUCAAGAAGUCCUGACUGAUAAUGAAAUUGAAGGCGCUCUGAGGCUGAGCUACGAACAAAACACAAACUUCUCCUUUACCAUCAGUAGGAAAAAAGACUGGCAAGGUGAGGAGUUGACUAUAAAAGCAUUCCAGACUCAUCCCUGCUUUCUGCAGUACUUUCCCAGUGCAGCAGAAAUGUCUUCUAAGGUAACUAUCUGCAAGUUAUCUGUCCAUACAUCACUACAAAUUAGACUUGUAACAGGAUUAUUUGUCAGUCAAAUGCAGCACAGUUACUCCUGCUUGCAUAAAACCCCAUGUCUGAUGUGUGUUACUCAGGUCUUGUUAUGUCAUAGCUGUGCCUUCGAUGAUGUAAACAGAGCUCUCUUAGGUCCUGAGGACUGUCAUGUACUGUGUGAAAGUGCAGGCAUGAUAAUUCAGAUUUUCUUUCUCUCUUUCUUUAAUGUUGUUUUUCAUUUUUUAAUUUCAUGGGAACAUGGAAAGGUAAAUUAUGAUAUGAGCGAAGCAAAAGGCAAACUCUACCUGAGGACAGAAAAAAGUGAUUUCAGUGUUACAGCAGAGCUCACUUUCAGUGGAAGCAGCUACACUAGUGCCAUUGAAAUAAUACAGACCGUGUCCCAGUUAGGUCUUCCAGGGCAGCUCGUUUUAAUGACAGUUUAUCAAAAAGGCAACAGAACACGUAUGCUGAAGCACAUCACUCUGUGGGAUGGCAAAGAGGUGAAGGUAACAGGCUCUUACACUGGACUCUUCCCAAAGUUGCCUGGAAGUCAUGACAUUCAGGUGGAACUUUUCCAUCCUCUUUCCAUCCCUUUCCCGUGGCAUGCCAGGGUCAACUUAUAUGUGAAACACUCAUCACGCAGUCACCGAGACGAUCUUACUGUCACGUGGAAUGAGAAAGACCAGAUAUCAGUGUCCUCUUCUCUGAAGCUUGGAAGAGAUCGUGUGAACUACAGAGCCACUGUUGCCCACCCAUUUAAUUACACUUUGAAGCAACUGGAGGUCCAUUCUCUGUCAGAAAGAAGAGGCAGAAAGUACAACCAGCAGCUGCAGCUCACAGGGAAUGGAGGGCAGCCUGCUCACAUCCGACUGACCCUGGAGGAUAAAUCAAAGAUGAAUGUCACUGCCUGGAGUGGCUGUAUGAUAGUCUCCUCAGGUCAGCUUCAGAGAGUAUUCGGCAUGGAACAGCUGCAUGCUUGUGGGUCUCUAGAGCAAAGAUCAGCGCUGUUUAAGGAAUACCUAGAUCUGAACUGGGAUAAUAAAAAAUUCAAACACAAUUUAACAUAUGAGAUAAAUCGAUUCUUGUAUCCUGAUAAAUUUCAGUUAGAAGCUGUUUUGGAAAAUAUUUUCCUGACCUCAUGCACCAAACAGAAGAUUCUGGGUAAAAUAGAAACAAACUACUCAUCUUGGCUGGACUAUCAGAUGGGUUUUGAGUUCUGUGACCUUCCAAAUGUAAUUGUUUUCUCUGGAAAACAUCAGCUCAACAAAGAUGACAUCAUUUUGCAAUCGGAGGGCAGAUUCCACCUUGCUGAUCGUGGGAGAGACAAGGGGUUAUUUGGGAUAUCCUUAAGAAAUCGGAGCACUGCUGAUUCGAAGAACUAUAUUCUGGAAAUUGAGUUAAAAGCUUUUGAAGAUAUUUGGCUAGGCCUGAUAGGAGCUGCUACUUCCACAUCUGUUCAGAGCCAAAUCCUGCUGGAGGGGAUUAUUGAUCAGGAGGAGAAAGUAAAAGUAUCUGCUUCUAAAGGAAAGGAGUGUGUUCAGUACUACAUGGGGUACUUGAAAGGGGAUUUGGAAGAAGGAAUGGAAGUCAGUGCUUGUACAGAUGGGCAACAGAUGGCUGCCAUUAACACCUAUUUCAACAUCAACGGUGAAAGGCAAGAAAAUGUGGCACAAAUUACUCUAUCGGCUGUUAAUGGAAGCUUGAGUUUUCUAGCUCAUGGAUGUGGGGAUCCAGUUAUUAAGGCUGAGCACAAGCUUAAUGAGAUUGGGAGCCUUCUGAAAGUCAAUCUGAUGGAGAAGAUGAAGAAGUUUGAGGGAUAUAUGUGGAGAUUCAGGAGAUCAGUGCAGCAAGUUGAUUUUCUGUCUGAAGCAGCUGGCUGGCCUUCAAUAGCCUUACAGAAGGUAACAGGACUCCUCCACAGUGUGGGUAGAGCUGUUGCCCAGGUGUGGAAGCAAAGUGGAAUCAGGCAGAUACUGAGAAGCAAGCUCCCGCUUUACCUGGAUAAAAUUCAAGACAUUGUCCAGCAAAUGCAGAAUGAAUUGCAAAAGCCGUUAGCAACUUUGAAAGAUGCCUACUAUGAUGUAACCCUAAAGCCACUGGAUGAAGUUUGGCAAGAGAAGACAGAAGAGUACAUGAAGAAAAUCCAGGCCUUUUUACCCAAGAUUGUAAAAGAUGUGUGGCUAAUGGAACCAAUCCAGGUGGCAUUAAAGGCUGUGAAAGCAGGCUUGGAUGUGACUACACAGCAGAUGCUCAGGUGGGCAGAGGCCAUGUUUUCUAGAGCUGUGAGCAAGAUCCGGAAGCCCCUACUCAGCCUUUACAGUUUUUCAUCCAGGAACUGUUCAGUGGCAGUAAAACUGCCAGUGCUUCCCAAAGCAGCCCACUCCCUGGAUCUGGCAAAGAUUACUAAUUAUCUCAUUGAAGAAAGGCUACUGAGGCCACUCCGAGACCUCUACAGUAUCAACGUAGUUGCAGAGUAUUACAGAUUCAAACGGAGGAUGAUGGAGAGCCCCUUUGAGUAUCAUGCUAUGCUAAUUGGAACCAAGCAUCUUAUGACAUUUGAUGGAAAAAUUUAUGACUUGCCCUCAAAGUGCAGUGUGCUUCUUGCCAAGGAUUUUGUUCACAAUACUUUCACUGUAAUACUAAAUGAAGAAACUAGUAACUCAAGGUCACUCUAUGUGGAGAUGAACCAGACUGUGAUCAGUAUCUACCCAAGACUGAAGAUAUCCAAGAUGUACAACUUUUCCUUGAUGGAAGAGAACUGCCAACUACUGGAUCAAUCCCUUGAAAGGAAUACCACUAAUUCAAGGAGAGCAGCCAACAAAAUAGAAGUGUCUAAUCAGAAAGGAGUUUCUGUCUCUUGUGACUUCCGGUAUGAUCUCUGUACUGUCACUCUGGCUGGCUGGCACCAUGGUAUUUCAGCUGGGCUGCUUGGUACCAAUGACAAUGAAGCUGGAAAUGAAUGGAUACUCCCUAAUCAUUCCUUCACUGAAAAUGUGCAGGAGUUCACAGAGAGCUGGCAGGUGAACAAGUGCAGUCUCAGACAGAAGAAAGUGAAGCUGUGCCCAGUUACAGCUAAGGAGAAACUCUGCAAAGUGUUUUUUGAAGACUCACAUUCACCUCUGAAGAACUGCUUCAAAGUUAUGGACCCUGAACCAUUCUACAGCAUGUGCACACAUGACACCUGUCAGUCACGGGAGCUGAAGGCUGCCUGCAGUUUAGCAGCAGCUUUUGUUCAUCUGUGCAAACGAAAUUUUGUUCCUGUGGAAAUUCCUCCUCAGUGCUGGAGUCAGCUCUGAAUGGCAGAUACCAGCACUGAAGAUGAAAGAGCCUUUUAAGCAUCUAAAAUAAACCAGCUAUUUUAAGUCACACUAGAAGCAAUCGUAGAGAAAACAAUAGAAGGGCAAAUGGGCUAUAAGUAUGGUGAAGUAGAACAGAAAAGGUUUUCACCUAGAAAGAUCUCGAAGUAAGAGGAAUGAUUUCAGUCCAGUGACAAACUAUAAUCAACCAGAAGAAACUGGACAUAGGCAUAUCAGUUACUGUAAAAAAAAAAAAAUCCCUCUUUCAGUGGCAAAACUUGAACAAGCCUUGAACAACAUUUCAAAGAUGACAAAAAGGUCAUUUCCAGCUCAAAUUAGUACACGUGGGCUACUUUGACAGCAGUGUUAUCAGCUCUGCACCUGUAUGGAUGUUGACUUCUUUUUCUCCAGAACUGAAACUUGGUUGUUCAGGAAGUUCUAGAGAAAGUGACCUUUUUCUAGGGAAGUGCCUCCACACGUAAGAGUGCCAAGACAGAAAUGAGAUGGCUAAAUAAUUGGAAGCAUUUCAUAAUGUUAUUAUCUUUAGGGUAGUUGAUUUUUCCCUUAUAAAUAUGUAUAUUGUUAGGUAAGAAACCACUUUCUUAGUAUCUGUUUGCCAGUUUCACAUUUGCCCUUUGUGUCUACAGAAUCCUCUUCUCGGAAAUCAGUUUAGAUUAUCCUAUCCUAUCCAUAAAGUAGUCUUACAGUGUUCUAGAUCGUGUUGUGUGAAAGUCUUUUUUGUCUGUUAAGUUACUUUCUGUAGUGUAGGUCUAUUGAUUAAAAACAGGUGUUACAUUUUUCCACACAGUUCCAGGAAUGCAGUUAGUCCUUAGUGAGAGGUAACACUGCAAAACCCUUCAGCUGCAAACACUGAAAUAAUGGUAUUCAAACUAUGAAACAAUGCUAAUAAACAUUUGACUUCAUUAUUCUUAUGCUAGAGUACAUCUUUACUAAUAACUUCUAAGAAUAAAGUUGUACUGAUCUACAGAGCUGGGACUGGAUGGGUUUAAGUGACUCCUGUGGUUCAGAGACAAAACCAGCAGCCUGGCCCUGGUUACCCUGUGCUUGCUGCAUUAGCCUACGAUUGCUUUCUGAACACUUUACACUGUGCUCUUAUACACGUUCUAAAUAAAAUGUGAUUUUCACACUAGCUAGGAAAAAUUCCUAGAAUUGUUAGGAUUCACACACGAGUUGCUGCUGCUGUAUAAAACAAGGUACCAAUUAAGUCUUCCUGUGUAAUAGUUUAUAACUGCUUACUUACAAAAGUGUUUUAUAAUGAAGCCAAAGUUGUAUGAAGUAUUUCCGGAAGUUAAAGAAUAUUAUGCCAGUUAUGGAUUUAAAAAAAAUGCACCACCUCCCCAGUCACUUCAUGCAUGUGAAGCACCAAACACCUCUGAAAAAAAUACCAAAGUGAGAUGCAAGAGUAAAGUAAAAUGCCAGCAAGCAGAGCAGAAGACUCCAAAGAACUGCUUCACUUAUCUGAAAAGUGCAGAUAGGGAUACAGAAAUAGAAAAAAAAGAGUGCUCAACUAUAUACUAACUGUAGACAGCAGCCCUGAGGUGGAUGCAGCUACUGCAUCUCCUAGCAGCUGCAGCUAACAGGUCAUAAGUGACAGCGUUGCCACUUAAACGCAACUAAUAAACUACAGUAAAUCUGCCCAGCACAGUGAGAAGACUGUCUCUGGGAACGAUCUGCGUCUAGUUAGUAGCAAGGCAAGACCUCUCACAGUCCCUUCCAACCCAGGGUUGAAGGUCAGGCUGGAUCGGACCAGCAGGUGAA